UACUUCCAACAAUAAUCAAUUCAAACAUGACAGAAGUCGCUUUGCAUUUUCAUUGACAGACGCAAAGUGCUGGAGUAACUCAGCGGGUCAGGCAGCAUCCCUGUGGAAAACGGAGAGAGGUUUCAGUUUCAGUUUAGUUUAUUGUCCCGUGUAAGUGAAACGCUUUUGUUGCGCGCCAACCGGCCAGCGGAAAGACAAUAUGUGAUUACUGAUUGGGGGAAAUGAAAUUCUCUCUGCUUUCUUGUCACAGACAGUGGAGUUACGAAUUCUAAGGACUUCAGGAAAUCCAACAGCGCCGUCGAACCGGCUAUCGUGGGUCCUGGAGGGAAAUCAUUGUUUGUUUCCAGUAAUGUGAAUAAAGUGUCCUUGUCUGCCAAGAUUAAAAGCCCAACAUCCAGAACCUAAGUGAUGCAGUGGUGGAGUUGCUGCCUUACAGCGCUUGCAGCACCAGAGUCCCAGGUUCAAUCCCGACUACGGCUGGAACUGUUGUUCAUCCAGAGACGCCUGUGCACGGCUAGAACGUACAGUAGCAAACUCAAUGGCCUUAAGGUUUGAAGCCGAAUGUCCCGAGGGCCUGUGUCCCGGUUGGAACGUGACUGUGAGGGGUGAACCAACCUCAGGAGCCAAAAGAUUUGAAAUCAAUUUCCUGUGUGACAGAAGUGAAGCAAUUGCAUUUCAUUUUAACCCGCGCUUUGCGGACUCGUUGCUGGUGUGUAAUUCCUACCUUGCAAAUGAAUGGGGCAAAGAGGAGCGGUCAGCAACAUGUCCACUCGAGGCCGAGGGACUAUUCCAGGUUGAAAUAUAUUCCGAUGAAGAAUAUUUCCACGUUUUGCUUGACGGGACUGCAGUUUGUCAGUUCAAGCAUCGGGUGGACAAUCUGAAAUCCAUCACCAGAUUACAAGUCUUGGAUGAUGUCAACAUCUCCUCAGUGGAAAUCACCAAAAAUACCUACAUGUGAUGCCGUGAGGAACCCCAGAGCUCAGACACCUCUUGUCCGUGGAGGUGCAACUGAAGCGGAGAUCAGAGCCUGGUCAAAGAAAAUAAGCUCAUGUUGGCAACCUUAAUGACGGCUAUCCUCCAAACCAAAAAUCUAAUUACUGGUCCAAUACCCAAGUGAACUUUUCAGAAGGUCUACAAAUGUUUAUGAUUCACGAAUUUCUGAUGGAAUUCUUGAUGUGACCACAUUUUGCCACCAGUAUAACAAAUUUAAUUAUUGAAUAAAAGGCCUUCAAGAGAAAAAUGUCUCCUGAUUCCAUGAAAAGACAAAAUGAAACACUGCGACAGACAUUUAACAAAUAACGUGGCGUUUACGAAUAAAAUGAAAGCUAAAAAUGAAGAGGCUGAAGCAAUUUGGGUUUAGGACACUCCACUGAGCAGCGAGCUCGGGUUACGUGUGAGAUCAGGAGAUAAGGAUGGAAGAGGUGCAAAUAGUGAAGCCAGAGGAAGGGAUAACGGGAGCGGCACAGCGGUAAAGUUGCUGUCUUACAGGGCUUGCAGCGCCAGAGACCCCGGUUCGAUCCCGACCACAGGUGCUGUCUGUAUGAAGUUUGUACGUUCUCCCCGUGACCUGCGUGGGUUUUCUCUGAGAUCUUCGGUUUGCUCCCACACUCCAAAGACGUACAGGUUUGUAGGUUAAUUGGCUUGGUAUAAAUGUAAAAAUAAUGGCGCUAGUGCGUGUAGGAAGGCGUAAGUGUACGGGGAUUGCUGGUCGGCGCGGACUCGGAGAGCCGAUGGGCCUGUUUCUGCGCUGUAUCUCUAAUAAUAAUAAUAAUAAUAAAUUGAAUUUAUAUAGCGCUUUUCAGGGACUCAAAGCCACUUUACAAGGCAAGGCAAAAACUAAACUAAACUAAAACAAAGGUGGAAGUGGACUGUGAUAAGUGCACUGUCAGUUGGAUUCACUUUCAUUUCAUUCUUCUGCCAUUUGAGGCAGCUCAGUGGAUGAGAAUCAUUUGGUGUUGGUUUAAAAUGAAUGAUAGUGGUUGGCAAUGGUAUAAAAUGGAUGAUGCAAUUUGACAACAGAAAUUCCAUCUGCUGAGAUGGGAGAGAAGUGAUGAGGUUUAAAAUGGGCUGCCAUUUCACAAUCACCAAUUGUUUAUUGAUGUUAUCGAGAAGAAAGGAUACAUUUCCUGCUGUUCCAGUGACUCUGGUGCCCACGGGCACUGAUCCAACGGCAGAUUGCUUAUCCAUUUCAGUGUUCCUUGCCAUGACAAAUAGAUGCUUCAGGAUACUUGGCGUGAAAAUAGAGAAUGCCAAAUGGGUUUUGGAGCUUUGGUAAUAAUUCCUGAACUGAUUCUAUGCGAUGCUUUUCACUUACUGGAAUGGGUGCCGAGAAGAUUUAUGAGGAUGUUGCCAGGACUCAAGGGUCUGAGCUAUAGGGAGAGGCUGUGCAGAUUAGGACUUGGAGCGUAGGAGGGAGGAUGAGGGGUGAUCUUAUAGAGGGACACAAAAUUGUGUGAGGAAUAGGUCGGGGAAACGCACAGAGUCUCUUGCCCAGAGUAGGGGAAUCGAGAACCAGAGGACAUAGGUUUAAUGUGAUGGGGGAAAGAUUUAAUAUGAACUUUGUUCUCUCGGGGGAAAGUUCUGAUGGGAACUUUAGGAGCUUAUAUAUAACUUGUGACAUCUACAUUACAAAUGUUCAACCCUUGGCUCAGGCUUGUUGUCCAGCUGCUGACUUGUAUUAUUGGGAUAGCUCUAAUCUAAUCCUGUUUUACUAAUGUUUUUAACCUACUUUUCGAUUCACAUCAGCACACACGCCUGUUUUCCAUUUUGUUUUCCUAUUAAGUUCAUGCCGUCUUUUGCAAAAUACCGAACAGCCCAAGAAGAUCCCAAAAGCAGAUUAAGGACAUGAAAAUGGAAACACUUUAUUGCAGUUAAACCCUCCCGUGCUCAUUAUUCCUUAAUCUUCGUCUCAAACGCUGCAAAUUAAAAGCCAAACGUGAAAUAAAACCAUUCCAGGUAUUAUUAACUUACUUUUGAUGAAAUUCAGCGAGCAAACGCGAUAAUUCCCGAUAUUUUGGAUCUUUAAAUCUCCACGGCAAAUGUCGGCUGUUCACUUCCGCUGUUUUCCACCUUCAGUUCCCUCUUGUAAUUACCUUACUUUCUAUCUUUUUUUUUGCCUGAAAAUUUAGGUCGCUGUGCUUCACGGUCACCCCGA